UGUGUGUAAUCUCGCGAGAAGAGGAGCAGGAGCUCAGUCAGUGUUGUUGUGGCCAAGUGGCUGAAGAUGGAGCUGUACGACGAGUUACCAGAACCGCCGCAGCUUCCCGCCCCAGCUGGACCCUCUCCUGAGACAGGACCUCCGAAUGGCAAUACCAGUGGCAAACGCAGAGCGGAAACCAAUGACUCGGACAUCCAUGAGGGCAAACACCAGGAAAAGAAAGUUUGUAAAGGAAUCUUGGCUUUAAAAGCUCAUGUAGCAGAGCGGCGGGGAGAACGGGAAGAGCUGCAAGAUGCUCAUACAAUAUGUUAUGACCUUGCCCAGGAAUGUGAGCCUAUGCCAGCUGACGUGUAA